AUGAGACUGCAAUUCCUCUUCUUCCUUCCAGCAGUUCUUGCUUGGUGGAACUGCGAGCUUCCUAGCGGUACUGGCGAUAACGGCCGCUGCGUCGAUGGUACUACUGGCAACUGGGAUGCUUGCUCGGCGGUAUGUGUUCCUACCUCUUCGUUUCUCCUUUCCACUGCUAAUAUUCAUUGCGCAUCAAGAGUAACCCUUGCCGAGUCCAAGGAAAUGGGUGCAGCCCUCAAGGCAGCAGAAUUGCUAACUGUUCUUAAGAGGCUACGGUGGUAUUGGGUCACCUGUUAG